GUUUUUUUUCAUGGAACCUUCCAUCCCUGGACGGUUAGCAUCAUUCUCUUGCAGUGUCCAUGCUGAUAAAUUCAACCGUAGAAUUUCUCACUGAUUGGAGCGAAGAUAAGCCUGUAGUAUCGUGCUGUAAACCAGGCUGUUGUUAUACUACACAGCCACUUAUCACCAUGCUGCAACGAAUAGCCACUCCCAGCUAUAUAUACUUACUCCUUGUGGUCGCCUUGCUUUUAGUUCUCAGGGUCCAGUCUACAGCACGCCAUAUUUUAAUGUGACAUAUCAGAACAACCCAUCGAGAAACGUGCGGAAAGAAAAUCAGUUGCUAUUCUGGGAAUUCUUACGUCUCUUGAUAAUGCUCAGAGUAGCCGUGAUUGCCUUCUUGGAUCAAAUAUAUACACUUCUCGUUGGCAGGCG